UUUGACCCUUUGCAAACCAUCAAUAUUUUGGAUUGACACGGAUUCGACUUUGUUGUCGGAAAAAUACAUUAUUUAUUUAGUACAGUGUUGAAUUUAUGCUAAAGUAGUAAAAAUGUCCAGACAGCGAAGAAAAGAAUCUGUGGAAGAUCUUUUAGAUAACAACAAUAUACCUAGUUCGACAACAACAGCCACUAAAGAAAGGUAAUUAAUAGUUAAAUAUAUACAUUCUGAUACAUUUUGAAAAUGUUCUAGACCUGAUUUUGAAAUGAAUGUAAAUUACCUGUCGUCCACGUUGCAGUUCAAUGCAAACACUACAGAAUACAAUUUAUAUUUUCUAGAAAUAGUUCAAAAUCUUUUCAUUUAUGCUAGAUUUGCAGUAUAGUAUAACAGUCAUGUGCUAAUUAUUUUGAUUUAAGAAUAAGAUCGUGCUUUUCUUGAUGUUUAUAUUCCAUGCAUCGUGCACUAAGUGCUAAGUGAUCGUAUAAUACCAGCCGGUAUAUACGAGUCUAAUUAUUUUCCCAUUUGCAAAUAGUUUCGUUAUAUACUUUAAUAUUUAUGAAUAGGUUCAAUAAGUUAUCCUCCUGAACGGAAUGUUAUUUGUUUAUAUGUGGUUUAUAUAAUUAAAUUGAGCAGGGCCACAAUAAAGUGUUAAGGGGGGAGGAGAUAUGUGUGUUGUUUAUUCAGGCUUGCAAAGAGUAGAUAGUUUGUCUAAUAAUUUGUGUAUAUAUAAAAGGAAAACAACAGACAAAUUAUCUAUUAGGUCAACCAGCUGUGUAUACUGAGAUGGACAGUCCAUCAGAUGGAUGAUGUGUCUUAAUCCUUUAAGUGGCAAUAUUCCAAUAUAUGCCUAGAUGUGCCCUAGAUACUUUAUUAUUUUAUUCUGCCAAACGCCAGACAAUUUUACUCAUCAAGGGGAGAGUGCUGCCACUAAAUGGGUUAACUGAUCAAUGAAACAUCUAGAGCUAGUAUAAAUUUACACACACUCUCUUCCCUCUAAAGAUAGCAGAAUUUCACUGAAUUUGCUCUGCAUGGGGGGAGCGUGGAUCUUUUCUGGCCCAUUGGGUCAAUGUCUUAGUUUCAAAAGUUUGCCAUGAUGUUUUUAGCUUGCGUAGCAGGUGGUAUUAGGGGCAGGCUUUUAGCCAGGUUCCUAAAAGAGGGCAUCCAAAUUUAGUACAACGAUACAUCUACAGUAAAGGGGCGGGGGGGGGGGGGGGGUUCAGGAAAACGUUCCUCUGGAAAACGUUUGAAGUUUAUGUCAGUAUCUGUUCCAAUCUCGUUCGAAAUUUUUCAAACACACUUGGCUAUGUGAGUUUGUGCCACUAUGCUUCUUUACUUAACUACGACAUUUUCAUUCAGCCAGGUACACCAUCAAAUUGAUCAAAAUGUCAAAUGUAUAAUAAUAAUAAGGAGAAUUGAAGCUAUUUUGUGAGAUAUAUUAAUAUACUUUAUAGCGUAAUAAUUGAAAAUAAUUUCCCUUUCCCCCCAGAAUUUGGGUUCUUGUUCUAGGGGCGUCCCAGGAUGCCCGGACGCCCUUCUGGCUAAAAGCCUGAUUAGGUAACAGUAACUUGUCAAAUUUACCAAAUAAGGGAUAUUGGCCAUUGGCAGCUUUUCCAAAAUUAUCAAAAUGCUAAUCAAUUGAGCUUAUUUAAUGCCAGUAUAUCAUCUAAUUAACAUUCAUCUAUUUUCAGGAACACUUCUGGACAUGUUGGAAUAUUGAUAAUUAAACAACUAGUUGUGUGUUUCUGCACUAUAUAUUGUUUGCUGUUGCUGUUGCUAUACCUCAGCUCAACAUUUAGACAACAGCUAGUGUUUUUAAACUAUUGUGAGUAGCAUUGUAAUAAAAAAUAUUUAUUGUAAAGUUAUAUCUCAUAGCCACUGCAGGAGAUCUGCAGGUGACAGCUAGUCCCGGCAAUCUUUGGUGGCAAACAGCAAUUGAUUGAGCAAUUGCCACUGAUAACUGAAAUUAUUAAAAACAAUAUAUAUGUUAUAUGAAGUUGACCCAAUGACUUGCAACUUGACUUGGGGCCUUACACAAAAUAUGUGAUGCUUAGGGUGGUAGGGUGCUUGAACAAUAGUGAGUCACAUAAUGUAUGCACAAGGGAGUAUCACAAAGCACAGGGUGUCACAUGACAGAAAAACAAUAUAUUGGAACUGGCAUGAAGUAACUCAUACUGUACAUACGUGAAGUGGAGAGAUCUCAGACAUUAUUAGAUCCCACUUCAAUAAACCAUCCUGCACAUACAUGCCCUUUUAUAUGUAAGGGGGGGGAGUAGCUCAGAGUCACAUAAUUAUAUAGAUAGGGAGUAAUGCCAACCAUUACAGCUAGAUUAUCACAAGGGGUAGGGGAGUCAAAAAUCGUCAAAAAAAGAAUCACAUAUUUUGUGUAAUUAUUGGUCCCUUGCUUACAAACAAAAUGACUUGCAAGACUUGUGACUUAACUUGUUACAAAUGACUUGUAAUGUGACUUGGACUUGCAAAACCACUUGUUAACAAUUCUGAUUUAAUUAAACAUUUACCAGUGUAAACACUUGGUAAAUUCUCAGUGUUGAAGCAUAAAUAUUUACCUCUCUAAUUACCUCUCUUAUCUAAUAAACACCUCUUUAUUCACACAUCGUAUUUCCCUAGUGAAAAAUCCAUUUUUGAACUAUGAUGAUCCAGAAGCCUUUGGAUUGCCAAAUACUACAAACUUUUAUAUUAAUGGCAAAGCUGGGAAGCUGGGUGUGUGGUAAGCAAUUUGUGCUUGUUCAAAAAUGAACGGAAUAAUCAUGAUAACUACAGUUCCAAGCAAUUUAUGCUGCAACAUGCAAUGUCGGACAUAAGAGCUACUGUAUGUUAUAUAAAAAGUAGUCAAGGGAAAAUUCUAAGUAUGGCCCACGGUUUAUUCUACCAACUAUUAAAAGAAAGUGUCACUCGGCAGUAUAGAGUCUCCCACAAUGGAAACACAGGAACAAAGUCGAAAUGAAAAUAGGGAACAAUUGGGAACAUAUAACUAUAAGUUUGGAGAACAUUGUAACAUGGGGAACAAGGGAAUAUGGCAAAAUCUUUAUGGGAACAAAGGAAAGAUUUCCACAGAACCACUCCCCCCCCCCCCCCCCCCCCCCCCUCCCUGGAAGACCCUGAUUUCUCAGUGAAUACUACUACUUCUUCGAUAACAUGGUUAUCCGAAAUUGCGUUGCAAGUUGCAGCUCCGUAUGAUCGGCUUAUUAUUUGUGUCUCUAACAAUUUGAAACCCCUACAACACACUGUGCUGUUCACGUCUGUUGUUAAAGUACCAAUGAAGCAAACACUGCGAUCUAAGUGAAGAAGAGAAAAUCGUCACACUGACGGAAAUCCGUCUGAUACGAAUAUGGAACCAAACCCAUCCGAUGAUUAAAUCUGAAAUUAAUUUGACUAAUAUUAGGUGUAAAGAGAAAUCGAGAAGAUAAUUGCGUGGCCAGUUGCUACAGAUAUUCAUUAUAUUACACGGGUCCAUUGGCAUUGAUAUGUGUGGGUCUCUAAUCUAUAGUUUUAAGACUUGUUUAGUUUAUAGAAAUCUGCUUUAUUCUAUCAGGUACGUCCCAGCUAAUGGCUUAGCAGCAAUAAACGAUGGGAAACCUGUCAUUUUAUACAUGCAUGGCAACGCCUACUCCAGGUGCGUGAACAAUUUAAGCCCCAUACAGACGAGCGAAGUUUUCCCUUUUUUAUAGUCAUAAUCAUAGAAGUAUUUCUUGUUCACUUGUAGAGUUUUCCUUGGCGACCGUACACGCGAACAAAUUUUUCUUGUCCAAAACUCGAAAGCUGGCAUGCUAGCUUUGGAACGAAGGUCGUUGGCAAAGAAAAAUUGUCAAUUUUUUAAUAAAACUUGUCGAGGAAAUCUUACGGCUGCUAAGGAAAAUUUGCCAAGGAAAACCUGUACUAAUUAUACAACUACUGCAUGGUGCAUUUUCCCUUCGCUUGCCAAUUUUUUUAGGUAUAAUUCAGACACCAACCACGGCAGCCAAAGAGGGUAACAUCCCUCAACCCUAGCCUACGCCAGCUACCUUCAACGUAAAUCUUCCCAUAUAAUCGCCGCAGAAAGCUUGUGAUUUUAUCAAUUUACUUUUCUGUAGAGCUACCCAGCAUAGGACUUCAACGUACAAGGUAAUUCAUUGUACGGGUUCAUUGUUCUUUAACUGAACAAAACAUGAGAAAUUUUAAAAAAUCGCGUGUUACACAACGUAAAAAUGCACAAGUUGUAACAAACCUGCAGCAGACUUGUAGCAAUGCUGUUCCAACAACUUGACAGAACUUGUCAACAGGAUGUGUUCGCACUGCUUGUUCCCAGCUUGUUGACAACUUGCUACAAGGUUGUUGGGCUCAAUAGACUGUUACAAGUUGUUCCAACAACUUGUUAUCGUCCUACAAUUCAACAGUUUGUCAACAAGUUGUGAGCGACAACCUUGUAGCGACUUGAUAAAAUAACAGCAUUGUUACAACUUGUUGACAAGCUUGCAGCAAGACUAUUGCAAACACAUCUCGUUGAUAAGUUGUGAGAUUUUUACGUGUGCAGUAGAUAAUACUAUAUUAUAUAUUUCUUUGCCAAGGUGUUAUCAGCGCUGGGAUGUCACGUGAUUGCGCAUGAUUACAGAGGUUUGAAUAUAUUUUUCAUUUUUUCGCUAAGCGCGGAUCAAACGACGAUUAGCUAGUGUCACGGAUCAUGAGAGUGCAUAAGUGUUGGCAGCUAGUCCAUAGAUAUCUUAUAUACACUAGAUAGUGCAUCUAAUUAUUCUGCAAUUCAAAAAUUGAAGCCGUGAUUGCAGACUCAGGAUAUUCCCAUGAAAUGAGAAGACUCGUAUGUUUUCUAUUUCUUAAACAGGGAACUUAAAUAUCAAAGUAAACCUAUUCCAAAUACAUUUUUAAACUAUUCGAAUGAUGAAAGUUGUUGUUUUUAAGCGUUUAUUAGCGAGUGGGAACUACCAACAUGGCCGCCAUCUAUUCAAAUGGGGGUAACCGCUAACAUGGCCGCCGUCUAUUCAAAUGGGGGUAACCGCUGGAAUAUUCUUGGCUUCAAUUUUACUAAAAGAGAUGCACAAUCUAUAGUGUAUAUAAGAUAUCUAUGUGGCAGUCUAUGUUAGCUUUUCUUAAUGCUUUCCCAACACUAUACUAUGUAUUCUGUUUGUAUAGGUACUGUACACGCGUGAAAAUCUCACAUCUUAUAGCAAGUCUGCCAACAAGGCGUCAAGAAGUUGUCUUCGCACUGCUUGUCCCAAGUUGUCAACAAGAUUGGAACAAGCAGUUAACAACUUGUAACAAGCUUGUUGAUAUUAUCAGACUUGUUGCAAGGUUGUUCCAACAAGUCCGAUACAUUCAUGAUAUAACAAUUGUUCCAACCUUGUGUCGUCAACCUUGUAACAUUCUUGUUAUAUCAUGACUGUAUCAGACUUGUUAGAACAACCUUGUAACAAGUCUGCUAAUGCCAUCAAGCUUGUUACAAGUUGUUUACAGCUUGUUGCAAUCUUGUUACAGCAACUGGGAACAAGCAGUGCGAACACAACUUGUCGACAGCUUGUGAACAGAUUUGUAACCUAUCAAAAUUGCACGAGUCCAAAAGAUGAGUGCAAUUUGAAAAACUCUUUGAAAAACUCACGAGUGUAUGUUUUUUUCAAAUUGCACGAGAAAUCAUACUAUUACUUAUUAAUAAUAUACAUGAGAAAAUUAUGCAGUCACGUGCUAAGUCACAUGGAAAUAAUUUGGGUUUUUUUAUUAUUUCUGCUGGAAAUUGCUGUAUCUUAUUGGCUAUCUUUGUUAUUGUUUCAUAUUUUAAGCCAAUUAGAAAGCCUAAAUAGUCAAUGAAAUUUACACUGUAUUUCUUUUUCUGGCACUGUAUUUCAUUUUUGGCUCUGUAUUUCGAAAAAUUUGCACUGCUGUUAGACUUACGCAAAAAGAAUUGAGAAAGUUUUUCAUGUAUAUUAUUAUAUUGUAACAUAAUUGUCCUGGUGUAAAAUAUAAGCAUCAAUGAUCAUGUUUUUCAAUCCAUGUGAGACUAUAUUCACUCGAGAUUGUUAUAUUUUGUUCAGGGUUCGGUGAUUCAGACGGAAUUCCCACAGAACAAGGUAGGGUAGUAUUUGUUGUUGCUUAUCUAAUGGAUGAUCACGUAUUUGGGCAUUUGUUGUCUCUAAUUUCUACGUCAGGAUAUGGAAGUAAGACAAAGUAUACCGCGAAUGAAGCGGUCAUUCGCAGUAUAGGGAGCCAUGCAUAUGCCCAUGGAGUUUCUGUACAUAAUUAUCAGCAGAGGUGUACUAUCACUGCAUUGUCGAACCAUGCAGAGGUGUACUACUAUUGAGUUUCUGUACAUAAUUAUCAACAGAGGUGUACUAACACUGCAUUGUCGAACGAUGCAGAGGUGUACUAUCACUGCAUUGUCGAACCAUGCUUAAUUCAGCAGUAAGCACUUCAGAAUGUUCUCAUGUUUACUUUCAAGGUUUGAUCGACGACAGUUUAACAGUUUUCCAAUGGAUUUUAGCCAACACUAAUAACGGUCCAGUUUACCUAUGGGGACAUUCCUUGGGAUCAGCGUACGUAUAACAUUCCUAUAAUUUAUGCAUCAUUACGUGAAAAAAUAGAUUAUUCAAUCGUUUAUACAUAUUCUAUAGUGUUGCUGUUGCAAUUUCCAAAAUCUUGACAGAAACAGGUAGAUAUGUUUUUAAAUUUGCUUUCAUUUAAAUUAUUAUACUGAGUAUUAUUUAUAUAGCCUAUACUAUGGGCAUUUAUUAUUGAUAAUGUUAAUUAUAUACGGUAUAAAUAAUUUAUACUGUAUAUAAUUAACAUUGUCAUUGAAUAUUUCUGUUAUUAAAUAUUUCUGUUAUUUCAAGACGUCUCCGUGAUGGGAGUUAUACUCGAGGCACCGUUGAAUAAUAUGAGAGAUGCUGCAUUUAAUCAUCCAUUAGCCACAGUGAGUAGCAAAUAUAACCACUAUGCCAUUUCCGAAUUAUUGUCGAAUACCUACAGACAAUAUCCUGACGAGACCAAAUUAACACUAAGCCUCGACUUGGUGUUAUUGUUCUUGAUAACUAGAGCGUAAUUCAGAAAUGGUAUAUUUAACAAAUAGAUAAGAUUAUGCCGUUGUCUGUACAGUUAUAGCACAGUUGAUAGAAUACAUGGUUUGGAGACUCGAUGAAAGUACAAUAUAACUCAUUAACUAUGUUAUUGUCCAGCUUUAUGCAAGAAUUUGGUCCUAUCUCGUCACGUGUGUAUUGUAUUUUUGCUCAAAUAACCAAUAAUAAAUUUGUGGUUGAGUUAUCCAUCCGUAACUUGAACAAAUGCUCAAUUUAAACAUUGCUAUUGGUUGUGCGGGAACAAAUACAAUACAUACGUGACGAGAUAGACCCAAAUUCUUGCAUAAACCGAAAUCAACAUAGUUAAUGAGUUAUAUUGUACUUUCAUCGAGUCUCCAAACCAUCUAUUAAAAUAACUGUGGUUAUAGAACACAGUAUGACGUGAAAAAGUGACGAAGAACAAAAAAGUGGCUCUCGAGGCGAGUGGAUCACUUUUUUGUUCUUUCCACAUGAUGACGUCAUACUGUGAAUCUAGAACUGAACAGACACCAGCAAAAUCUUAUCUAUUUGUUUUAUAUAAUAAAAAGAAAAUCCCCGAAUUAAACAGGUAAAUAGUUUUAUCCACUUUUUAUCCACCCAAACAUUUGGAAAUUUGAAGUCGAAAUUUUAAAAAUAUCACGUAUACAUGAUCUAUACAAAUAAGGGAAUGCUAUUGGCUACCUUAAGUUACGUCACCUGUGACGUAAUUCCGUGCGUCUGUUCCCUAGUAGAUCAUGGCUCUCGACCAAUGAAAGCGUUCGAAUUCUUAACGUUAUUGUAUGUUACUUUAUUCAUUUUAAAAAGUUCCACUUGCUUGUUCAAAGAACGUAGAUAGCCCAUAAUAAGUAUAGGUAAUCAUGCGAUGGCGAGUGCAAUUAGAUAUUUAAAUUGGACGAGCCGCCGAGGCGAAUCCAAAUUGGCAAAUUUCCAAACAUCACGAGUACUAUUAAUCCCUAAUUGUACGAGCAACAUCGCACGAUUACUUGUUUAUUAUUAGCAUGACAAAACUGGAUACGUAUUUCUCAAUGUCAACAUCAUAUUCUCUCGCCAAAGCCCAGUUCUGCCAGACUUUCAACCAAAAUUUGGUGCUUUUGUUUGUAUUUUCAUUUAGUUCUUUUGUUCAAGCAAAAUUUGGUGCUUUUGUUCGUAUUUUUAUCUGGUUCCUUCACGGCAAUUUCAUUUCACGCUUGUGUUUAAUACCUUUCCGCCAUAUUGUUUGUUUUGGGAAAAUCAUUAAUUGUACUGCAGUACAAUUAAUGAAAUAAUUGUACUCCUCUCAACCAAUCAGCAUCCAGUAAUUUUGUCAUGCUAAUAAUAAAUAAACAAAAAUUCCACUCCAAAAUUUCCACCUUCAAUCCCUUCAACAUUUAGUUAUAUCGAGUGAGAUGAUCAAAAUCCUUAUAUUUACCCAUAGACUAGAUGGCUGCAUUUUGAGCUUGUCUGCUCUGCCCUUGUAGCAAUUACUUGGAUUUAAGGUAAACGUUUUCUGCAUUCAGCCAUAUAGGAUGUGGCCUUUCUUCCAAGAUACGUUACAAGAAGUAAAUGAAAUGUAUAAAAGUGACGAAAUGUGAGUAGUAAACACUUUCCGCUGUUAAAUUUCUACAUGUUGGCAUUGUUUUGUGUGUACAUGCAUAGCACCACUUAGCAUUUUCAAACUUUCUUUUUCAGAAUUUCCAGCAUAAAGUAUAAUAUAUUAAUCUUACAUGAUCAUGGAGACAAGAUAGUUAAAUUUAUGUCAGGAAAGAAGGUGAUUUAAUUCUCAUCUUUCUUACAAUGAAUCUUGUAGAUAGUACUCCUUAGCCCCGUACAGGCGCAAACGAGCGUUCUCGAUGAUUAAGAUGAUUUUUUAUGAUGAUUAUUAAGGAGUUUCCUACAUUUUAAUAGCUAUACUCAAAGCCUAAUAAACGAUGUUCAAUACUUAUUAUGGUUGAUGUCAAUAAAUUUCUGGAGACGAGGAACGUACCAAAACUAAGCCAACAUUCAUACCAUUACAUACCAUGAUGCGAACAAAGAAAAAAAAUUUAAAAAAAAUAAAAUGAAAAAGUUCAACUCACAACCGUUUCUUUAAUUUUGUAGCUACACGAAGCAGCAUUGAAGCAUAAAAAAGAAAAUCAGUCAAUUGAAUUUAAAGAAUUCACUGGCUUCAGUCAUACUACGAUUUCUGCCUCGGAGGACCUGCCAGAAAUAUUAAGGUAAAAUCUUCUCAAACCUUUAUAUUAAAUUAUUAGUUACUGUAAUAAGGGCCUGUUCAUAUGAUCCCGCUUACCGAGACGUCUCGCUUACAGAUGAUCUCGCCGCCUAGUUAUUUUCCUACAAAAUAUUGCAUUGUGUUCAUAUGAGAAAGCGAGCUGGCCCGCUUGCCGAGAUCUCGUUUGAAUUUGCCGAGAUCAUAGGUAGGCGGGAUGAAAAUUUUUCCAUAUGAAUACGCCAGCCCGCUUACCUGGAUGAAGUCAAACAAGUCUUACCGUUUAAUUUAACACUUUUUACUUCGUUUUAUGUUUGUUUUAUAAACAAGUAUUAAAAUAAACGAAGAAAAAGACUAAAAUCGCUAAGUAUUUGUGUUUAGGGGUGCACCGGAUUUCAAAUCCGGCCGGAUUUAACGAAUUUUCCGGCAUCCGGCCGGAUUUGGAGAAAAUCCGGCCGGAUUUAAAUUUCUGUUUUCACCUUAAAAAAUUCACCCAGAAUCAGAAUGGGAUAAACCAUCAAUUUGGCAGCUUUAAAGCUUAAAGAACAGUUUAUAUUAUUAUAAAAUAUUAAGUUAUUAAUAAAAAGAUAUUUAAAAAAGGUUUAAACACAAUCAAAAAUCUAAACUGACACUAACUAAAAAUAGUAAAAAACAUAAACCGCCAUUUUGAAUACUAAUUUAUCCCCAAUUGUCCCCAUUACCGGUUUAUCUCAAAUCCGCCCGGAAUUCCGGCCGGAAUUUUUGUCCAAAUCCGGUUCCGGCCGGAUUUGAAAAUUCCAAAUCCGGUGCACCCCUAUUUGUGUUGCUUGACUGAAAUGUAGAAGUUUUGCAUACGCUAAUUAUGGAACUACAUUGUAAUUUCAUCUCGGCAAGCGGGACGAAAUACUCCAUAUGAACGCAUGGAAAUAUUUCGUCUCGGUAAGCAAGACGUCUCGGUAAGUGGGAUCAUAUGAACAGUCCCUAAAUUAACAUUUCUAACCGUACAAAGCGCCUUGCAGGUCAGAAUAACGAAAGCUUUAAUUUAUCAUAUUUUUUUUCUUUACCAGAAAUUUCAUGAAAUUGGACAAAUAGAGGCGGAGCUUUAAUUGGACAAAAAAUUAACUGGAAUAAAUUAUUUUUGAUAUUUUGUUAUACUAGUACCAAAAGUGCAUGAUAAUAUACUUGCAGAAUUGCACACUAAAAAUUCCCCAUUUUGAAUAGUUUUAGAUUAGGUUUUAUACAUACUUUAACAAUUAGUAACUAUAUAUAUUUUAUAUACUUUCAUAAAGUAUAUUUUACAAUUGUUGUGACACACCUCUGAGGUUUGCAAAACCAGCACUACUAUACCUUGCAAUGACACUACAAUAUUUUACCUGCAUCGCCGCACGCUUCGUCUGCAGAUGUCCAAACAUUCACUCCAACAACAUGGGAGCAGCCAGCCCAUCAGCCACACCAUCAUUACCUCGCACAGCACGUACAAUCUCUAUAGCAAACUGGAAUGCUGUCCCAGGACCACGACUUGUGAUGAGCUUACCAUCUUGUACCACUCGCUCUUCCAAGUACUUGUAGUCUGGCAAUGUCGGCAAAAGGCAACAGAGUGAAAAUUUAGUUUUCCAAUGGGUGAUUCCAGCUGGUUCACACG